UGUAAGAACACAGCCACCUGCCUUCGCCCGCUGCUGCUGCUGCUGUUCUGACUAGCUUUUUGCUGCCUCUUUGCCUCUCCUUUACUCUCUCUGCUUAGCUUCUUGCCUUCUGGUGCCACACCCAGCAUGGAGGCUAACCACUCCGUACAGCUCUCGGGAGAACCACAGUCAACACCUCCGGGGGACAGCUCAUCAUCACCCAGUCAAAAUGGCCUGGAACAGCAAGGGCAUCAAGACUCCUUAUCUCCACUCCAAGCACCAUUGAAGGAGGCAGAGGCGAAACCUGAAUCAGGGGGUCAUGACAUCUCUGAAGAGUUGAAUAGACAGCUGGAAGACAUCAUUAACACGUACGGGUCUGCUGCCCAUGCCACAGGCAGAGAGAGCUCCACCAAGGCCAAGGAGCAGCCUGAGAACACAGAACCCACUGACCAUGAGGACGGGGACUGUGAGGAAGCCACUGAAGAGGCUGAGAGAGAAUCCAUCACUUCUGGAGAGCCACCCACAGCCAAAGAGCCUGUCAGCAAUAAAGAGCAAAAAUUGGAAAAGAAAAUCCUAAAAGGAUUAGGCAAGGAAGCCAACCUGCUAAUGCAAAAUCUGAACAAGUUGCAAACACCUGAAGAAAAGCUUGAUUUUUUAUUCAAGAAGUAUGCUGAAUUGCUGGAUGAACAUCGCACUGAGCAAAAGACCUUAAAGCUCCUACAAAAGAAGCAGGGUCAAAUCCAAAAAGAAAAGGACCAGUUACAAAGCGAACACAGCAGGGCUAUCCUUGCUCGAAGCAAACUGGAGAGUCUGUGUCGGGAGCUGCAGAGACACAACAAGACACUGAAGGAGGAAACCCUUCAGCGGGCACGGGAAGAAGAAGAGAAAAGAAAAGAGAUCACAAAUCAUUUCCAGAGCACCCUGACAGAUAUCCAGGCCCAGAUUGAGCAGCAGAGUGAGCGAAAUAUGAAGCUGUGUCAGGAGAACACAGAGCUCGCAGAGAAACUGAAAAGUAUCAUCGAUCAGUAUGAGCUCAGAGAGGAGCAUCUGGACAAAAUAUUUAAACACAGAGAACUGCAGCAGAAGCUGGUGGAUGCGAAACUCGAGCAGGCGCAAGAAAUGAUGAAGGAAGCAGAGGAGCGACACAAACGCGAAAAGGAAUAUUUGCUGAACCAGGCAGCAGAGUGGAAACUUCAGGCCAAAAUGCUGAAGGAACAGGAGACCGUCCUGCAGGCUCAGCUCACCCUGUACUCUGGAAGGUUUGAAGAGUUCCAGAGCACGCUGACAAAAAGCAAUGAGGUGUUUGCCACUUUCAAACAGGAAAUGGAUAAAACGACUAAGAAAAUGAAGAAGCUGGAAAAGGACACGGCCACGUGGAAAGCCAGGUUUGAGAGCUGUAACAAAGCUCUGCUGGACAUGAUUGAGGAGAAAGCUCUGAGAGCCAAAGAAUAUGAGUGCUUCGUGAUGAAAAUCGGGAGGCUAGAGAAUCUCUGUCGGGCUUUACAAGAAGAGAGAAACGAACUCUACAAAAAAAUCAGAGAAGCGAAAAUGCCCGAGAAGGAUGACCAAGGCCAGCACAGCUCCGACGAAGAACCAGAGUCGACGGUUUCUGUGGGUGAAGAGGCUGACACGGAGAACGCCAAAGGUAUUCACAAUACUGUGACAAACCUGGCCACAGCCUUCAUGGUUAUGCAGCAUUCAGAGCCGACCCUUGACCAGUCCAAAGAACUCCGGCCAGAAUUCAGCAGUCCUCAAGGGGGCGCUGACACGGCCUUCAAGGAGCCAGAACAACCCUCUCUGGGCCCUUCAUGCCAUUCAGAGAGUUCUCCGCCUCCCCCAGCUCCUCAGGCUGAGGCUGAAGGAGGCCAGGAAGCAGAACCUCCUCCCAGGGCCAGUAAUCUCCCUGUGGGGUCUGGAGCAGAGCCCCAAGACCAGGGUCUCCCCACUGGAGUACUGGCUGAUCAGUGGGCACGUCCAGAGGCAGAAGCUGCCGGUCAGGCCCCACAGUCCUCAGUAGAGGCCUUGCAUUGGGGGACGGAGGCAAGUGGUCCUGCUCUAUCACCCGCAGCAGAUGAGCAAGUGCCAGCUGGGGUGCCUGGAGAGGAGCCCAGUAGGCAGCUCCCAGCAGCAGCAGCGGCAGCAGCGGCAGCAGAGGGCCUUCCAGAAGGGGACUCGGCUGGAGCCCAGCUGCCCAAGGUGGCCGACACCAACCUGGAGGGAGUAGACUAAGCCUCACGGUGCCUCCAGAGGCUGUUCUUCCUGACUUCACGCCUUCAUCAUGAGAGACUGUCUUCUGAAAGAGGCAUUAAGGGCUAGGGGUGUCUAAUGGAAGAGACUUAAUUAGAGUCAAAAUAUUUUUGAAUGUUAUGCAGAGCACAUUCAGCCUUUGCUAUUUGCUCUCAACUUAUAACUGAUUUGGAGCUUUUCUAUUCAACACUGGUUAAUAGUAUAAUUUUCCCAAAUGGCAACAAAGCAUGCUAAAAGAAAAUUUAUAUUAAUCUGCUAUUAAGGUGGUACUUAAUUCAAUGUUAAUCAACAGUAAGAUUUAGUAUUUAAAGACUUCCACUAUAAUAUGUGAUGUUCCAUCUUUAUUUCCAUAUAUAGUUUAAUAAGUUCUAUAGAAAGUAAUGGAUGUCCAGGUUCCAUCUAUAUAUUAUAUAUAUAAUAUAUACAUAGGUACAGGUACAUCUGUUUAAAUACAUACAUGUGUAUACAUGUGUGGGUGUAUACAUGAAUGUGCUUGUGCACGCAUACACACAUGUGUAUAUCACAUAUGUGUAUAUUUACAUACACUUCUUAGUCCUUUUUAAAAUUUCUCUCAUGUAAAAUAUUUAGAUGCUAAGCAAAAAAUUAUCUUUUACUUGCUCUUAGGACUACAGCAGACUAAUGCUCUAGGAAUCAGACGUAGCUUCAGACGUAGUACACAAGUAUUUAGGCCAUGUAGUGUUGGGCAAAAAUAAGUAACCCAAUGAUAGGUCAAUAAAUUCAACCAACCGAUCAAAUGACAGAACCGCGGUUAGGCUAGACUGCAAGUCCGUGUCAAGUGCUCAGGUGUGAAGAUGAGCACAAUCGACCCUGAACUGAAAGGGGAGCAAUGGCAGGUGUAGACUGCUCUCUUCUUCCAGUGUCGUCUUCUACUCGACUCGGCCCACUGCCCUGCCACCCGGCGUACUUGUGGCCUCCUGCACAGAAGGGGCUGGAAGUGGGACAGGGAGGUAGGGCAUGGCGGGACUGAGGGUCCUCAGACCAUGAAGAAGCUGUGUUCAUUCAUCCCCUGCCUCUUGUGCUGCAGAGGCCUUGAGACAGGGUGCGCACCUGGCCCUGCCAACUCCUCAGCGCCCUCCUUGUCGCCUCCCGCUCUCUCCAGAGGGCUUCCCACCUCCCCUGCCCGUCACUGUCUCAGUCUCUAUUCUCAAAACAUCUGCUCCUUCUUACCACCAGGAAAUUUCCAUGUCCUGCCCUCAUUUCAAUUAUUGCUAAGUAAAAGCUAUUUCGUUCCGAAACAGGGUCUCAAUAUGAGUGAUGAGGCCUACAAACCAACACAUUUUCUACCUUGAGGAAUUCUCUACUGUCACAAGUACAAAGCACAGGACAAAUGGCUCCCUCCUCAACAUGACUGGAAAAAUAAGUGAGGAUUCAGAACAAGGCAAAAGCCUGAAACACCUGGGGUUGUCUGCCUGAGUACUACAGUACCCUAGCUCGACAAGAACCUCCUAUACUAGUGACAGCAUUAGUUACUCUACCUAGCAUAAAAAGAGACUGCACCAAAGAAAAGGGAAGGAAAAGAGGGAGGGAGGAGGGAAAGAAGUUCUAGAAGGAGGGGAAAAGGAAGGAGGAAAGAAAAAAGGGAUCUAACUCAGCCCUACCUUAAAAGUCAAACUCAAGUAGAAAAAUGGAUUAAAGCAAGAUUCUCUACUACUCAUGCAGGAAAUCAUUCUUCAGUGUCUCAUGCGCCAUCUGCCAAGGCGCACACAGUGCUCGUAGGCAGGAACCACAUGCUACAAGAACUGUAAACUGCAUAAAAUUUGUUUGAAGUGGAGAGUGAGGACAAUAACGAAAUGCUAUUUUGUGGGGAAAAAAGCUUAUUGUUAUUUGAGGACCCAUGUAUUUUUUAAAGACCUAAGAUAUUGUAACUACAGGGUAUCCAGCCAAAGUCAACAUCACUUGAAGUCUUAGAGAUUUAACCAUUCAUUUAAUUCAAAGCCAAAUAUUCACCAUAACAAUUCAGGAGGGUCUCCUUUUCCACUAUUUACCAGGGCUAAACUCCCAAGAAUGGAGUAAGAUUAGGUAAUCAUAGUAAAGUCUCAGUCUGAAUGUUUAGCAAAGAGAAAUAGGCAAGAGAGGAGCCAAAAUCUGGGAAAUCAAAUAUUCUGAUACUCAAAGGUGUUUUUUUUUUCGUCCAAAAAGCUUUCAUAGCAACACAUUACUAACUAUAUCUUGGGGAGAGUUUUGGAUAUAAUAACUUGCCUGAAAUUUGCAAAACUUAAUACAGGCUUUGGGAGAAUUAUUUUAAUAUUCAAAAAACAUUUUAUUAGAGUCCUUUAUGUUAGAAUGUGGCCUUACUAAUUAUAACAAUAACUCAUAAGACCUGAAAGAAUAAGGUCUUUAUCAAGUUCAUGUAACUAUUUCUCCAGAUGCCGAGUCUGCUUUCCAGAAACACUAAAGUUGUUUGGUGUUUUUCAAAUGAAACAACUUUGAUUUAUGUGUCUAUUAAAACGGUACUUUGUUUCCCAAA